UUCAAAUUAUGAUAGGCAACCCAUAUUACACCACGGGGCCUGUUAUGUCAAUUUUGAGGUUAUAAAUCUAGAACUAAACACAAGCCAUGGCUGGACUAGCGUGUAAACUUCGUAGUGUUUUAAGUAAAUUAUCGGAAGUUAACACAAAUUUAAAGAUCGUUCGACAUGGAUCCUAUUAUAGUUCACCGUUCUUGGAAGACGUAGGGAAAAUAUCUACUAAAUACGAAACUAGUCGAGAUCCUGAAGAAUGGAAGUGUGUGGAAAAUAUUUUGCCCCCACUCACUAUUCCACAACCAGUAAAGAAAGAAUAUUAUUCUGGUUGGAAACCGCAAGCUGAGAAUCUACAAGACAGGCCUUACUAUAUUAGGCGAACGAAAAACCACAUGAUACCUGUGUAUUUACUUUUAGCACAAAACAACAUUCGAAGACAUACAGUAAUUAAACAUAUUCAGGGCGAUAUUUGGUUAUUCGAGAAAGAACUUACUGAUUUCUUGAAAACUCUAACAAUAAAGCCUAUUAGAAUACAAGUAAAUGAAUUUGUUGGUAAUAUUAAAAUUAAUGGAGAUUUUGUAAAUGCCAUCAAGUACUUCUUAGAACAAAAAGGUUACUAAAUAUUGUAUAGUGUUAUUAGUUAAUAAAAAAUUGUUACAA